CUCGAUCGCUUGCUUUCCCCGUCCAUUGGUACUGCUGACAUUUUCUGUAUUGUUGCUGAUUCCCAAAGCUCGGCGACACCGAAGGAAGGUGCUUUGAGCUGAACAUAUAUCGUCUGGACAGUUCCGCUGUUUGCCGUCUCUGAAACGUCUGGCAGCGUCUGCCAUCUCUGGUGGGCGUUCAUACCCGCCAAAAUUUCAAGAUGCCGGUGUCCCUUCGGGAGGCGGUUAGAAAACGCAUCCUCGUCGACUCGCUAAAGUCAGUGCAGUCGCCUGGCAAAUGGAAGGUGUUAGUUGUGGAAGAGAAUGCCCUUCGGAUUUUGAAUAGUGUUUGCGAUUUGCAUGACUUAUCCGACGUGAACGUCCCUGUGACGGAGCCGUUAACACGGUCACGGACGCCAUACCCGGAUAAGGAGGCCAUCUAUUUUAUCACCCCAUCAGUCGACGCAAUCAAAGCUCUGAUAAAUGACUUCCGCGGCCCAAAGCCCAUGUAUUCAGCUGCCCACAUAUUCUGCAUAUCCGGUCUACCUGAUCCGUUGUUUGACAUGAUCAAAGCCUCUCCAGCCCGAAAUUACAUCCAAGCCUUGAAAGAGCUAAAUAUUGACUUCACUCCUGUGGAGUCACAGGUCUAUCACUUCAAUGACCCAACCCCGUUCACAAAGCUGCGCAAUGUGAUGGAUGUCGCCCAAUUGGAUCGUUGGUUGGAGCAGAUUGCCGAGCAGAUGAAGUCAGUGUUAUGGACCCUUGAAGACUGUCCUACAAUUCGAUAUUUCGAUCCUUCCGGGAAAAGUGAUUCGCUAUCUGCGCAUAUGGCAUUCAAGUUGCAGAAGGCUAUUGAUCAAUUAAAAGACCUUGAUCCCGAAUGGCCGCCUACAACACCCUAUGCUCCAGCACAGAUCCUCGUUUUGGAUCGAAGUGUGGACCCGUUUGCCCCUUUAAUACACACAUUGACGUACCAAGCUGCUGCCCAUGAUAUCCUCCAAAUAGAUGGAACUAAAGUGACUUAUAGUAAAGACGAUACCACGACGCAGACAGCUGUGCUGGACGAGUCCGAUGGCCUCUAUAAAAACAUUCGGCAUCAUUUCAUUGCAGACGCUUGGAAAAAAAUCCUUGAGACUAAGAACAAGCUAGAUGCCGAGAGUUCCGCGAUAGAGUCAUCUGAAAAUGCCUUGAAGCGCAUUGAACAGUUGAAGAUCAAGCUGUUUUCCCUUCCAGAUGCCCAAAAAACAUUGGAAAAGGUUGCUCUUCAUAUACAUCUCUACGCAGAAAUAAUGCAGGCAGUGAAUGACCGCCAACUGGACGAAGUGGCUAGCAUUGAACAGAUCAUAGUCACUGGCGAAACCCCUAACGGCGAUGGUAUUACAGAAACGCUGAUCAAUGACGUCCUCGCAAUUUUGGAGAGUCCGAAUGUUUCCCUACAGGAUAAAUUACGUCUCAUUCUUACCUACGCCCUUGGAGUCUCCAAUGUUGACUGUGACCGCUUAAUCGAAGCGGCGCAGUUGGGUCGAGAGGCUGCGGCCCUGAAUGGAUUAGAUUUCCUGGGGAGAACACCAGCUUUGAUUGAAGCAAAUAGUCCUCAGUGGCGAUAUACAGAUCUUGGGCGUAAAGCGGAAGCAAGACGCCAGAAGAAAAAGAAUCAGGAUACUGAUGAACAGCCCUUUGACAUCCACCGAUACGUACCUGCUUUAAAAUAUAUCUUACAGGAUAUGAUUACAGGAAAGCUCGACUCCGCCAUUUUUCCACCGACUGUUGUGCAACCAAGCAUAGAAAUAAAUGGCACUUCUGAGUCGAGUAAAUCCGCACAUCAGACUCCGGGCAGAGGCACCUUGGUUGCCUUCACUGGAGACUUCAAGCCUACAUGGGGGAAAAGAAAGCCGGCUACCGGAGCACAGACAAAUGUGGAUCUUCGAACGAAUGGCAGUCGCAUUAUCGUGCUAUUUGUGGACGGCCUAUCUUUUGCCGAAGUGCGGGUGGCAUAUGAAGUCACAAGCGAGUUGCAGCGAGAAGUGAUCAUUGGCUCAACAAAUUUAGUCACUCCAACCGAAUUCAUAGGGGGCCUCUGUGAUCUCGGAGCCACUGGGAGGAAACCAUUUGUUCUGCCCCCAGUUAAACUCCCCAGCAGGGAACCCAUAUCUGUUCCCCGGGAUCGGCCAUUACCACAACCGCCGCAGGAAUUGCAGAUACCCGCAAUGUCGUCUGUGUUGCCAUCCCCACCACCCGAGAUCGUCGAGCCCAAACGCGUAUCUUCAGAUCCAACGCGAACGGGUCUCGUUCACUCAAAGUCUAGCUCCUCACUGGUCCUGGAGAAGUCUGGAAGAACAGCGGGACCUCCUGCGUUAGAGCACUCGCACUCGGCCUCGUCUCUUUUUCCCAAUACCUCCAGACUUUCUCCAUCGUCAUCUGCGAAUCCACAGAGACCUCGCCCUGUGUCAUGGGUAGCGGGUCCUUCCCCGAUUUUGCAACCGGAACCUAAAAGAUUCUCAGGAUAUCCGGAAGGCGAAGCACCGUCCCCUCCUCCAAAGACGGGCAGCUCGCCAACUAAAGGCAGUGCACUUCCACCGUCUUCUCUGCAAGCGAUUCCAGUUGCACAAGGUCAAGGGCGUCCGCCGGCGCCGACACGCGUUCACUCAAGCUCGGCAAGCUCGUCCUCAGAUCUUUUUAGCUCUGGCGAAUCUUUUUCGCCGGCUGCGAGAACAGAGCAGUCUACAGACGGACCAUCCCGCCCAAUGUCCUCCGGCUCUGGAUAUCCGCGUAGUGAACUGGCACCAGGACGCCUUCCAGGGAGCAAUGCAUUGCCGGGAACUGAGUAUGCCCAAGGGGGUGCGAAGGGGUAUCAGCAAGCUAUAUCAGUUCCGGACGCGACACCUUCUCGUCCUCAGGCAAACGUGGCUCCUGUUUACGGCGGUCCAAGCCCAUAUUCUUUGCAGAAAAGUAGACAGGACGUACCACCAACUUCUCGCCAUUCGUCCGGGGACUAUUCCGCGCAGAUCAGUCCGCUGGGAUACCCACCCGUGAAGCCCGUUGACAAUCCAGCUCCACCUCUACAAACGACGCGGCCGUCCGCCCCCCUUAGAGGCACCGGGUAUCCUCAGGAGACCGAUCCCGCCAAUAUCCGCUCGUCAUCUACUGAUAUCGCCUCGAAAGCAUAUCCCCCGCGUAUAAAAUCCCGUGGUGCUCCACUUGUGCGGCCACAAGGUGUCUCGCCGCCAUUGCAGAGUCAACAGCGCGGAGACGAAGUGGAGCGGACGUCGCUGCCAGCUACAGCGUCAGGGGGUGACGACAUGCGGAAGGGCAGUGCACGAUCUUUUGAAGAGUCGAGACCGUCCAGUCGCGACGCGGAAGAAGAACAGCUUAAAGCAGCCAUUGCAGCAUCAUUGCUGGAAAGUAAUACAGGGCGUCAACCGCCUUCAUAUGGUCACUCGAGUCGUCAGCCGGCAGACCGAACCACUCCUACUCAACCGCCCAAUAUGCGCACUGAGCAACAGCCUUCUUAUCCAUCCUCUGACCACGUUGUCGCUCCUUCCACACCGCCUCUACAAGUACCUAAUUACCCUCCUUUUCGAGCACAAUCACCUCGCCCGCCGCUAUAUCGACAGGCAGCAUACCGCCAAGCACCUCUACCACAAUCCCAACAACCGCCGGCACAAAACACCCCGCCGUAUGGAUAUUAUCCGGGUCAAAGUCCUCCCGUGAGUUUCUAUCAGCAAGCUCCAGGGCCAUAUCAGCAACCGCAAGGACCAUAUCGGCAAGCUCAGUAUCAGCAGGCACCGCUGCCGUCAAGUGCAUCCGCUAGACCGACCUCACCGGGUGGACAAAUGUAUCAUAGGAGUGCGCAAGGCCCCCAACCCCCAAAUUACCCUGGUGCACCUUCAUACGGACCUUAUGGGUAUCAAGGGAGACCUGAGCAGCGGUAAUUGGCAAGGGCAAAUAUGUUUACGUUGGGGUGGUGGUACUUUAAUGUAGGAGAUUAGAUUUCUAUGUUUUGUAGGUAGCAUAAUAUGUAAUAAGCCAUCAAGAUAGUCUUCAAAAGAAUCCAAUAGGGCAGUUGAAUGUCCAUGUAGGCUAAAAUGUCACGUAA